AUGGGUGACAACAACAAGAGUAACAAGAGAGCCUCAUCUAUUACCAAUAUGUCUCGGAUUCCUUCCCCUGCGGACAAAAAGGCAAAGUCCCGAAUCAAGAACAACACUCCAGGACCAGAGGCGAAGGGAAAGGACGUAUCUUGUGAAACUAUUGUUGUAGACAGUGAUGUAACACCCCCAAAGUUUGACAGUUCACACAGGGACAAGACGAAAUGUCCAUGUAGUAAGUCAAUAUCGUCAUGGAAGAUUGACUGUGUAAAGUGCAAGCAAUAUUGGCACAUAGACUGUCUAACUAUGAAUGGACUCAACCAGAAAAAUGUCAACAGCAUGACCAAUUGGCACUGCCCUUUUUGUUUGGUUUCACCAAUUCCCACAUUCGAAACUGAUGCAGAUGUGUGUUAUGUGUGUAGGAACAGUCUGACACUUCAAAAAUCUAACAGUCAGUGUGAGACAGCUAUUGCCACAGAGAAGCUUAAUACCAUCACAGCUUUUGGUGAAAAGCUUGCCAAGGUUGACUUUGACAGUCUAAACGACAGCAUUGCUGCCAUCCAGAACCUUGACCUCCAUAUCAAGCACCUACUGGUUAGUGACAAGGGCACUGCUCCAGCAUGGGUUGAAGUGAUGGAAGGAAAUCUAAAGCAGCUGAAAACUUCAGUUGACUCUACACUCGGAAAGGUUUCUGAGACUGAUAGUGGCCUAACAGAACAGAUUAAAGUGUUGAACAAGCAACUGCAGGACUUUUCUAUUCCUCAAGUAAGUGCUCAAUCUUCAUCCAAGACCAAUGAUCUCAUGGAAAAAAUAGAGAAGAAUCUCCAUGAGCUAAAUUCCAAGCAGUCUCUGGAGACAAAUCAGGAGCUAACAGCCAUUAGACAGUCUUUGAACACUCUUGAGCGAAAUUCUUUGGCUUCUUCUGACCAUUUAAACGUCCAACUUACCAGUUCUUCACUUGCCCCUGGCCCAGACCUAAUAGCUAAUGAGCAUCUCCAAUCAAAAGAAGAACCAGUUGUAGGCGCUAUAGAAGAGUUUAUUACCACAGAAGAGCAGAAAACUCUCCUCCUUGCCUGCCAAUCACUUGAGGAGGAUUUUGUUGUGGAGGGAGCUCGUGCUGUGUAUUCUUUGGGAGAACCAUACAAGUAUAAUGGCUCCAAGUCAUCCAAUGGCCAACUAGCUUCAACUAGCUUCUCCAAUCUAAUGGACAAAAUCAAUGGUGCAUUCUGUAGUGGUGAAAAACCGAAGAUCAAUAGCCUGCUGAUCAACCGCUUCAAAGAGGAUGGCUCCCUACCGAAACACUCGGAUGAUGAAGCUACCAUCCACCCUGAAUCCGAAAUUUUCACUGUGUCUAUUGGAGGCCAGUGCAACAUCAAAUUCUUUGAUAAGAAGACGGAUCAUAUGGCUCUUGACCAUACAUGUGUGCCAAGAUCCAUGUAUCGCAUGACUCGACGUAGCCAAGAGUUCUACAGCCACUGUAUCGAGGAUGGGGCAAUAACUGGUGGGGUGAGAUACAGCCUAACUUUUCGUUCAGUUAGCUUUAGGAACAGGAACUCUACAUGCAUCAUCGGAGACUCGCAUACUGGUGGUCUCAAAUUCGGGCUGGACCCCAAAAAAUCAUUUGGGCAGUGGCUCCCCGGAAAACAGUAUUUUGCUCCGGUAGUGGGGGAUAUAAAUCCUAUAGUUUCAUGUGGAUACAGGAAUGUUCUCUUGAUGUGUGGUAUAAAUGAUAUCAGGAAACCUGAGAUCAAAAAUACCGCUGAUAUAAAGAACAAUGUUUUUACACCAUUUGUUCAGAAAGUAGAAAUGAUCCAAGCGCUUAACCCCAAAGCGAAUAUAUUUGUGUGUCCGCUGCUGCCAACCAAACUCGUUGAGCUAAAUCGUAAAGUUGUACAUUAUAAUGAAUUAAUUUUUAAGGAGUUGCUCCAUUCCAACUUUGGUGUGACUUUGGUACCUGGUUUUGACAUGUUCUGUGAUGAGGCUGGGCUCCUAAGCCAGCAAUUCUCUAGGAACAUUGGACGAAACCAGAGACCGGACUAUUUACACCUCAAUUGGAGUGGUACAGCAAAACUGGGGGUUCUUAUACGUGAUACAAUACUUUUAAGGAUGAAUGGAGGGACUGAUAGAAGGAAGAAGAGAUCGGAUAAAGUUGACAAUCGCUUAUACUCCCAGACGAUGGGUGGUUCCUCUCCUGCUGCUGCUGCGACUCAACUAGGGGAAGGUUACGUACCGUACCCAUGAAUAAAUUGACCAAAGAGAUCACCAUCACAAAGACGUUCAGACCAGUUCAUCACCCCGAACCCAUCCUCCUCUUUCAUUUAUCAAUCAACAAAAAUGUGGAACGACUGUCGAAAAAUUGACAGUUUGAUAAGCUUUACUAAGUCAACGAACUUAGUUAAAGUAACACUGAAAAGUGAGCUACUCAAGAUACAGUCCAGGUACGAAGAAUUAGAAUGGACAGAAUUAAACUUCGAUAAGAAUGAGCUUGUAUUUUAAAACAGAGUCCUUUGACUUUAUUAUUUUGAAAUUGAAGAAUCGUCUGGCCAUAACUCAUUUCGUUCGCAUUAUAGAUUCACAUUCACUUUCAUUUUCACUAUCACGCACAGUACAGGGUCAUACCUCAAUACCAAAUUAUUAUAGGGCACAAGAACGAAUUUGUUUACAAUUAUCAAAAUUUGUUGAGCCCAGCAGCUUACUUCCUUUCCUCUCUUCCCCCGUCGUCUGGAGCGUGUGAUUUUUGUUGAUAUCCGAGCUCUUAUUUUUAUCUUUUGGUUAACUUUCUGUGAUUGGACUCGGUAUUUUCGUCCCGGCCGAGUGGGACGAUGCUUGCUCGCCAGUUAAGCUAUACUGUAGAUGACACUAAUUUCUACAAACCACAAAAUAUUAAAUAUAAAAUGUGUCCAGUAUGGCGCAAAUGCAUAAUUUGAUAAUUUCUAGACGCCGUCGUCGGGGUGAGAGUUAUCUGAACCAACUGCAUGCCCCUACGAUUGCGUCACCACUGGUGAGCAAGCAUUUGUUUGUUGUUUAGUUGUGUUGAAAGGGAACAUUACUUGAUUAAUUCAUCCAUUCGGAUUUUAAUAACGAUGAGCUAUGAUAUACCGUUCAUCUUAGACUAUUGGAUCAAUCUUAUUAUAUGAUUAGAUUUUAUAAACGAACUUGGCACACAAAAGAUUAUAAUGCGGAGGUUGGCUGGCUCUUCUAUAAUAAAUACGACACUUCAAUUUACAGAAUGCUUGCUAGAGAUAAGACAAAAUAUUAUCAGACUAUACAUGCAGCAUGAGUAACUGGUGGAUAAGCCUUCGGUAAAAACGGAUCCGGAAAAGUCAAUGCGGCACUCGGGUCCUUGGUAUUGUCGUCGGUAUAUUGUCCAUUAUCUACGUUCUGCUUUCGUAGUUUAAACAAUAGUGAGUUCUAAAUAUACAGCUUUAAACCGAUUAAGUAUGAAUGAAUGAAAUACCUGACAAUCCGCACUCUUAUAAUCCAAAAGCAUGAGUAACUCGUAGUGAUGUAUGAUUUCUAGAAACUUUAAAUUAAUUUUGGCGCUCACAGGUCCUCGUGAAUAUGUGAUCGCCGCAUAAGGUUCUGUAAAUGCGCAGGGCACCUUCAAGCUUAAAUUAUUCACCUUACUGAGGCAGUCAACCAACGCGCGGCUUUAUUUUUAUGAUAUGAUAUGUUUUGAUUGUUAUUAAUAAAUACCAAAAUU